GUGACGCGUGCACACAGGACUCAGGAGCACGCGACGCGACUUUCGGAUUGGAUUGGAUAGAAGAGCGCAUCCUUUCCAAGCUCGUUGAUCCUGAUCCCACUGAUCCUUUCAUGGAUAGUGCGGAUAGUGCGUGUUGGAACUCGCUGGUAUGCUGAAGCAGGCUGAAGAGUGGCAGGUUGUGCAAGCAAUACGAAAGGAUCACUGUGAACCAAGCUGUGUGCUAUAAACCCAACUGUGGGGACUGACGACAUGGCCGAGAUUAGCAGCAAAGAAAAACGAGAGUUGGAAGAAGAGAUCCUCUACCUUUCCCGUUUAAUAGAGAGCCACAAGCGAGAGUCCAGGAAAGAAAGUGAAGGAGUUAAUGCAGCCGCGAGGCCGAAUCGCUACAAACUGGUUAACUCCAGUGGUGCCAGCCAACCAUCCAUCAACAAACCAUCAAAAAACCUUGUUUGUAAAUCGGCACCUUUUAGAGGACAAUCCAGUAGUUUCCUGUCAACUAGUACUGUGCCUGCAAUAUGCUCAUCUACUUUUAAGCAUGUAGCUACAAACCAGAAGUGCACCUUGCAGAAAACUUCCACAAUGAAACCCGGUCCUGUAAUAAAAUCCAACCAUGAUGAAAGGCCGAAGCCUGCAGCAAGACCCAGUCCUGUGGUAGAGCCCAAUCCUGCAGUUAGGCUUAGUUCUACGGGCAAGCAGAACCCCACUGAAAAGCCCAGUUCUACAGUAAAGUUCAGUGGUGCAGUAAAACCAACUCCUGUGGUGAAACCCAGGAAGAGAUCACUGUCGACCGUUGUUCGGAAGAGCCGAUUCAAGCUACAGAAGACGUACGCGAUACCUAGUACCCCGGCCGACGUUUCGGCGUCCCCCAAUGCAGCUGGGAAGACGUCGCCUGCGGCUACCAGAGGGCUCCCCGGUCGGCCAGUUCGCCGCUCACUGUUCCCAUUCAAAGUGGGCUCCGUAGGACGAUAUGUGUAUCGCAAGAGCAACGUCAGUGCUGCCUCUCCUCAUCGUUUUGUGUCCGCACCCAACAAGCCUGGUGGGAGGAGCAUACCCCCGAGAACUCUUGUGUCCAAAUACAAGUUGGUGCGGGACAAAACCAAGGUACAAACCCCAAGCAGAAGCCUCGUGACAAACCUGGCCUGCCUUGGUGCGAGACGAAUCGUCAAGAAGUACAAAAUCAGCAAUGUGAAUCGUACCAGGUCUUCAUUGUCCCAUAGCAGGGGCCAGUCAGGUCACGUAGCCGCUCCAGCUCGAAGGUUUCUUUGGCCCCCAUCAUACGCAAGCACCCAUUACUUUCACAAGCUUUCACAAGGAAACAGGGUUGGUCGGCUGUCCUAUAAGAAAGCAGGAACGGAGGCGAGGGAUAGUCGAUCUCGGUACAUCAAAAUCGGCAGCAUCACCUACAGGGCGUCACGAAAUAAGCUAUCCAGGACACGCAAGCGCUCCCUUCCUCCGACCCCUACUACUUCCAGAGGGUCUUCGAGGCAGCAGCGAAUUCUAGUGAUCCGAGGCACGACCUACCACAUGGACGUCUCAGGAAAGGUGCUCCGGAGGGCACCCGCGUCUUCGCAGAGUCCGGGAGCUUCCCUGAGCCGCAUCGACAUUGGCGGCAAGACGUUUGUGGAACGGCUGCCGGGAGUCUUGUCGCAAACUCCCUCGUCAGAGACCAGAACUUAUCUCAGCCGCACGAUCAACCGGAGCAUCCACAGGAUGCGUACCGUCAACACUCGCAAACUGGAGAGGAGGUCCGACAGGUACUGCAUGUUCUUCAACCGUUUUGGACGGUGCAACAAAGGAGCCAGCUGCACUUACAUCCACGACCCCGAGAAGAUUGCCGUUUGCACGAGGUUCCUGCGAGGCACGUGCAAGUUGUCCGACUGCCCGUUCUCGCACAAGGUUGCCCCCGAGAAGAUGCCAGUCUGUUCCUUCUUCUUGAAAGGCCGCUGCACCUCAAACCCGUGCCCCUAUCGCCACGUCAAGGUCAAUGCCAAGGCGGAAGUGUGCCGCGACUUUGCCGUCCGUGGCUUCUGCACAGAGGGAAUUAAGUGCAAGCGGCAACAUGUCCUUGUUUGCCCCGAAUACGCCGCAAACAAGAAGUGUCCCAGAGGAAACCGCUGCUUUUUAGCCCACCGCGACCAGGCAGCCAAGCGCAAGCACCGUGAAAAAUCGGCUUCCCCUGUUGACUUGGAACAAAGAGAUGAAAAUGCGGAACGGGAAGAGGACGAGGGGCCUGGUUGCAAGAUGGCCCGAGGUCCCCAGUUCAUUUCGCUCAAGCCCUACGAGUCUCCUUUGUGCACCCCAACCUGCCGACCUCCUCAAGCGGACCAGAAAGGGAUGAGAAUCCGCCCGGACUUCCUUUCAUGAGGGGCUCGAAGGUCAGCGUUGCCUGCUGCUAGUCUAGUGUUCCUGUUGGUAAGACAAGCUAUAAUUGAACAGUUUUUCAGAAUAUACCAAAACACGGCAGAGUGUAUAUGUCAUCUUGUUUCACAAAAUUAUGCACAUGUGUGGCUGGAAAAAAAUAAAAUAAUAAUAAAGUUCAUUGUUCAUAGUGUCGGGAUGUCCAGUCGUGCAGAAAGUGGUCACUCUCAUAACACAGUUCCUCUUGCAGCAUCUGUGUCCUGCAAAGUAAGAAUGGAAAACGAACAACCAUUAAAUGUGAUUUCAUGUACAGCCUCGUAAAUAAAGAAGUUUUUUUUGUUAGAAAA